AUGAGACUCUUUUCCAUUCUUUGCUUAAUAUUUUUCCUAUUCAGUUGCGUUUUGUCCCUAAAACACCCAAGCUGCGGUGUUAAGUAUCGAGGCGUCGGCCUGUGCAAAAUGUUGAUUACAAAAAUCGUUUACAUACCCAGUGAAAACGUCUGCAAGACAGUGCACAUUAGUGGAUGUUCAGCCGAAGGGACCUUCUUUAAGAGUAUAAAAGCCUGCGAAGCAAAGUGCAAGGAGUAA